AUGGCCCCCUUCAAAGUCGUCGUUCACCCACUCGCGUCCGAGCCCACUGACAGCUCCCACAGUCCCAGCCUUACCGCGUAUGAAUCCGAGCCUUUCUCCUCUCCCAACGCCCUAGUCUUCAUCCAUGGCCUGACAGCUGGGCCCCACACAACAGAUCUUACACAUCUGCAGGCCGCUCUCCCUUCUGAGUACUCCAUCUGGGAGCUGCGUAUGCGAAGCUCCUACUCUGGAUGGGGGUAUUCCUCCCUUGACAACGACGUCCAGGACCUCACACGCCUCGUCCGCUACCUGCGUGAGGACCUCAAGAUUAAAAGGAUCGUUCUGAUGGGCGCUAGCACUGGAUGUCAGGGUGCCCUCGAGUACAACAACCAUUCCAGUCAGCCUCCGCGUGUUGAUGGGUACAUCUUGACAUCUCCUGUCUCGGACAGAGAGGCUGCCAACGCCCUCUGGUCGUCUGAGGCACUGGCUGAGAGCUUGGCUGUGGCGAAAGAGUUGAUAGACCAAGGAAAGGAGUGUGCUACCAUGCCAAAGGAGCAUGUUCCUUUUUUUGCAACGCCAGUCACGGCGGCGAGAUGGUGGAAAGACAACUUCGCUUCAGACCUUUCAGAUGAGGUCCUCGCAGGCAAAUUUGGCAGGGUGGACAAGCCAUUGUUGAUCUUGCCUGCUGAGAAGGAUGAGAUGGUCCCGGCAUCGGUCGACAAGCAGCUGUUAUUGGAGAGGUGGAGUACGGCGGCCCCUAAGGGGGUGGUAAGUGAGCUCUCGGGGUUCAUUCCUGAUGCUGAUCAUGUUGUAUCCUCUUCUGAAGCCCAAAAGUGGCUUGCCGAGAGGGUUGCCAAGUUUCUGUCCAGCAUCUGA